AGUGAGCUACAGCAGGGCGCUGCUGUUGGUACAGUGUGUCUCAGGUUAGUCUCUGUGAGCUGUGGGGAUUCCCUGUUGGAGGAGAAUGGACGGACAGUAAACGCGCUCAUCUCUUAAGGUUUUUACUCUCAUCUUCAGUCAAAGACUCAUCUACACUGUGCUUUGUCUCUUUUGGACACCUGUCGCAUUUCAGGCUUCAGCUAUGAGAGGACGGUGGCGCUCACAUCCCAUGUCCGUACUGCUCUCUUUGAUCGUUCUGUGGCAGACUCGGUCAAAAGCAGAUUCCAAUUCAACACGUAACACCAAAGACAUCACAACAUUCACCAAGAUCCUGGACAGUCUGCUGGAUGGAUAUGACAACAGACUGAGACCUGGCCUGGGAGACCGAGUAACAGAAGUGAAGACCGACAUCUAUGUGACCAGUUUUGGUCCAGUGUCUGACACAGAUAUGGAGUACACUGUUGAUGUUUUCUUCCGUCAGAGUUGGAAGGAUGAGCGAUUGAAGUUCCAUGGACCAAUGAACAUUCUGCCUCUGAACAACCUGAUGGCGAGCAAGAUCUGGACCCCUGACACCUUCUUUCACAAUGGCAAGAAAUCUGUUGCCCACAACAUGACCAUGCCCAACAAGCUGCUGAGGAUCAUGGAGGAUGGAACCUUGCUCUACACUAUGAGGCUAACAGUUCAAGCUGAGUGCCCUAUGCACCUUGAAGACUUCCCCAUGGACUCUCAUUCAUGUCCUCUCAAAUUUGGCAGCUAUGCCUACACUAAGACAGAGGUCACUUACAACUGGACUCGUAAUCCCUCCCAGUCAGUGGAUGUGGCAGCUGAUGGAUCCAGACUUAACCAGUAUGACUUGGUGGGCCAGACUGUAGGGAAGGAGACCAUUAAAUCCAGCACUGGUGAAUACACAGUCAUGACAGCUCACUUCCAUCUAAAGAGGAAGAUUGGUUACUUUGUGAUUCAGACGUACCUGCCGUGCAUCAUGACAGUCAUCCUCUCCCAGGUCUCCUUCUGGCUCAACAGAGAGUCGGUGCCAGCCAGAACUGUCUUUGGUGUAACUACAGUUCUCACAAUGACAACCCUGAGUAUUAGUGCCCGUAAUUCACUGCCCAAGGUAGCCUAUGCUACAGCUAUGGACUGGUUCAUCGCUGUCUGCUACGCCUUCGUCUUCUCUGCCCUGAUUGAAUUUGCUACUGUCAAUUACUUCACCAAGCGAGGCUGGGCCUGGGAUGGAAAGACUAUCGUCAAUGACAAGAAAAAGGAAGCCUCCAUCAUGAAGAAGAACAAUGCCUAUGCUGUAGCUGUGGCUAACUACGCUCCCAACAUCACCAAAGACUCCACCCUCCCCACCAUCUCCAAAUGUGCUCUGAACGAUUCCAACAAGACCUCAUCAGAGACAAAGAUUGAGCAGGGCAAGAAAACUUUUAACAGCGUCAGCAAGAUUGACCGCAUCUCCCGCAUCAUGUUUCCUGUGUUGUUUGGGAGCUUUAACCUGGUCUACUGGGCCACCUACCUGAACAGAGAACCAGUCAUUAAAGACAUGGAUCCAGCCAAAUGAACUGGACACAGCCCCUUCAGGACUUACACAUCUGUUGGUGUACUUUAUAUCAUCAUCCUGCAGAGCCACAGUGCUCAUCUUAGACGUAAGUAUGUGUGAGUUCCAGACCAACAGUUUACCUCGAAACACAAAAGUUACAUCUUACAUCUACAGUAC